UUUUUCUAGGUUCAGGCUUUAUCUUUGCACCAUUAUACGUGUUUAUAUAGAAAUGGCCUCGCUUAUGCGCCCCCAAGCCCUGCUGCGCUCAUGCCCUCAACGUUGCGCAUUCGCUCCAGUUAGGCCUGUAAUCGCGCCUGUGAGCCGGCCUAUGGUCCAGCGUGGCUCGCUUGUUGUGAUGGCAGCUGAGGGCAAGAAGGACCAAAAGAAGAAGAUGCCCAGCCCGGUGAAGCGUGUUCUGCUUUCUCGGGAGCGGCGCAUGUAUAACAAGCCGCACAAGACAGCUUGCGCGACGCGCAUCAAGAAGGUCAUUAAGCUGUCUCAGUCGCUUCUCGCUAGCCCACCGUCGGAGGAGGAGGUGAAGAGCCUUGAGAAGCUGAUCUCGGAGGCGUACACAGAGAUUGAUAAGGCGGUUGGAAAGGGCGUUAUCCACGAGAACACAGGCGCCCGGAAGAAGGCUCGCUGCGCGCGCUGGAAGAAGGUGGUGCUGAUGACAGCAGGCCUUUACACACCCGCUGCUGACAGCCCGGAC